UAACAGAACUUCAGCUGUUGCCUGGCAACAAGCAAAUGUUUGUAAACAAUCUUCUAAGAUAACUGGCUCCUGUAGCUAACAUGUCCUUUUGCUUUCUCUGACAUAUUCUCAGUAAUAAUGAGCUCUAAGUCCCUCUCUGCUGUGCUGGAGAAGAGGAUACAACGUCUCUGUCUGAGUGACUUUCCUUGUGGAUCCGGCUCCUGGAGGGAGACCAAAGACGGUCCAGAGGGAGCAGAAACUGAGUCGAGGGACGCCCUCCUGGAUCUGCUGGACUGUCCUCGCUCUCCGUGGUGGCUUGAUGAUUACUCCUGGAGUCCUCAAGCUAAGGAACUGAGACGGCUGGCUGUGAUCCAUCCAGAACGUCUCACAGCAAAAUUCAUUUACAGUUUCUUUACUUCGUUUUGUAUCGUGAACAAAAACGUGUCGGUUAUCGAUGGAGGCCUACUGAAGUUCAGGAAACUGGAGAAACUUGAUCUGAGCUGUAAUGUAAUCUCAGAAAUUCCUGCAGAGAGCCUUCCCAGCACCUUAAAGAUUUUGGAGUUACGUGCAAACUGCUUAUCUUCUCUGUGCAGUCUCACAGAGCGCCCGCCUCCUCAGCUGCAGUACCUCGGCCUCAGCUCAAACAGGCUGGGUUCCCAUAAAGACAUUUCUUGUCUUACAGGAAGAUACUGGCCACAGCUGGUGACUUUGGAACUCAACGACUGUGAGUUUGAGGACCAGCAAGCCCUGCUGAAUGCUCUGAGCUCUCUCCCGUCUCUGAAGAUGCUGAUGCUUAAAGGAAACCCAUUCACCCUUGCACCAUCGUACCCUGGCUUGGCUGUGGACUGUCUCCCACAGCUGGCCUGCCUGGACACCUUGUGGCUCUUUCCUAAGGAAAGGAGUCGUUUUAGAGGCUUGGCCUCAGUGAGAGAUGUGACUAUGGAUGUGGCUUCGGUCACAGUGAGUCUGGGCAGGCUAAGAGGAAUUCCAGAUGUUCUGACGAGUGAGAUGAAAACAACUUCUCCCGUUGCCCCCGUAUCCUACAAAUACUUCAUCACAUAUCAGUUCCUCUGUUCUUCUGCAUCCGAUAAAACGAAACUCAACAGUGAGUCUCAACCCGACACCACCUCUACAGCUCACGUGCCAGAGGCGGACGCUGACCAACAACAAACAAACCAAGAGCAGUCCAAACCAGACACGGGAGCUUUCACGCUCCAUGAUGAAACCUACACUGGAUUUCAACACUUAUCGCAGCACAGCACGGCUAGGAUGAUGUGGUCCAAGGAGAUGGACUUCAAUGACAAGCAAACAUACACUGUCAGUUCUCUGGGACAGUUGAAGAAAUUUCUCAAUGAAGGACUUGAUCUCAGGCUGGAGGAGGAAAAGGUGCUGUCUUGUCCUGCAGCCUUCAAAAAGGAGGGGAAACCGAGCCGGCCUGAGAAGGAGAAGAAAACUAAAGAAGAAACUCCAGCUAAAUCAACUUCCACAAAGGACAAAAUGAGCAAAUCUGCACCAGAACUGGUUCAGGACCCCCCCAUCAGUGCAAUCCUUGGCUCUGCACACGUUCCCCUGCACAGCAUGGUCCAGGGGAGUCAGAAGGUCAAUGUCCUCUGUGACUUUGGACUCCUUCAAAAGGAUCUUGGAAUGGAAAUUAUGGAGAAAAAGAAGGAAGACGAAGAAUCAAAACAGACAGGAGGCAGCGGAGCAAAGAAGAGCACAGCAACAUCAAAAGGAAAAGGAAACGAAGACGCAGAUGUCCAGUCAGAGCCGUCCACACCUGUCCAACAGGAACCAGUAACCGUGGAGCUGUGUGUGGAGCUGAAGAGAUGGCAGACAGCAUCUGACAUGCUUCAACCAUCGCUUAAACUCACUGCCACACCCAAAUUUAAAAAAAAGGUUUUGAAGCUUGUUAAACGUCAAACAGAAACUAAAUAAUGGAUUAGACAGAAAACUGUUCAAAUCUGUGGUGAAGAAGUUAUUAAAUGUUUGUU